AUGGCACCGUCGGCCGUCUUCGAAGAACCAUCUCACCCGAGUCACCAGCCAGCUCUGGAACCCAUCUGCCAAAUUGUAACUCCGGUGGGCAUGUUUGGCUAUGGCUUUAAUGAGGAGUGGACAGAAGCAAGUUUAGCUGUAUGUGCUCAGUCACCAGCACCAACAGCACUUAUCCUGGACUCGGGUUCAACAGACUCAGGACCUUCCAAGCUCGCACUUGGGUCAAUGACAUGCCCCUAUGAUGCUUAUAUGCGUGAUUUCCGUAAACUCAUCGCUCUGUCCAUCAAAUAUCACACACCGAUUAUACUGUCUUCUGCAGGCGGUGAUGGUAGCGAUGAGCACGUCAAUACAUUCCAAGAUAUGGUACGGGAGAUUGCUGCUGAGGAAGCCAACAAAUAUUGGAAGCUAAAAGUCGUAUCUAUUUACUCAGAGGUCGACAAAUCGAUUGUACGAGAAAGGCUUGAGAACGGUGCUAUCUCAGGAUGUGGCGCAUCCGUUCCCAAGCUCACAAAUGAGAUAAUUGAUACGACCCCUCGGAUCGUCGCACAGACGGGCCCAGAACCAUACUUAGACGCAAUGAUCCGAAAUCCGGACUUUCAUAUCAUGAUUGGCGGACGAGCUUAUGAUCCUGCUCCAUAUGUCGCUUUUGCAGCCUAUCACGCUCUUGAACCGAAGCAUCGCGAUAUCAAAAAUCUGUCUUCUGAUCAACUGGGCGGGUUGUACCACAUGGGAAAGAUCCUUGAGUGCGGAGGUCUUUGUGCAACGCCGAAAGGACUGGGAGCAAUGGGAAUCGUGAACUCUGAUUUCAGUGUGGAUAUUCGCCCACUCGAUCCCAUGGCUAAAUGUGUUCCGCUCAGUGUCGCUGCACAUACUUUGUAUGAGAAGACUCGGCCAGACCUAUUGCCAGGCCCAGGCGGUGCCCUCGAUGUGUCGACUGCUACAUAUACUCCGCUGGAGGACUCAGUUACGACACGUGUUGCAGGCUCGAAGUUCUCCCUGGCGCAAAGGAAUAAUCAACCAUUCACAGUGAAAUUGGAAGGUGCCAGGGUGACAGGAUUCCGAACACUGAUGAUGGGGUCUUUUGGCGACCCUAUUCUGAUUAGUUAUAUCCAUCCUUUCCUUGCCGCCGCCAAAGAUUAUGCACGAACACAAAAUCAGAAUAUUUCAGGUGGUUGGGAUAUAGGUUUCCAUGUCUACGGAUUCGAUAGGACCAGACCCGAGAUUAUUCCCAGCCAGAUUUUUGUCGUGACAGAAACCUUGGCUCCGACACAAAAAGCCGCUGCGAACCUUGCCUCCGCUGUUCGGGUUCACUUUGCCCAUGGAUCAUACCCCGGCCAGAAAGCGACUUCUGGAAAUUUUGGGAUGGGUAUCGGCGGAAAGUUCGAAAUUGAGGUUGGGGAGUGCACCGAAUUUUCAGUCUACCACCUGAUGAGCUUAACAGAUGAAGAAGAGCAUGCUAAAGAAGAAGGUGAAGAUUUAUCGAAAGCCCUGUUCCGCUGGUCAUCAACAAUAAUUGGCGACGGUACACUCCCUGACUAUCAGAUUGAAAUCCUGACCAACCACAAAUUUUACCAAACUCUCCCAGUUUUGAAGGCGAAGCAUACGGAUAAAAUCAAGGCAAUCUCCCCAGCUGGCUCUCCCCGGACGUUGUUUGAUAUUGCCAAAGUCAUUCGUUCCAAGAACUCAGGGCCUUUCGAGGUUACACUGGAUGUAAUGUUUGACAACCCCUCAGUUUACAAAGUGGUCAAGAGCUCUGAUCUCUUGAGUCAAAGUGUGGUAGCAAAAGCGUACACUCUAUCCGAAAAGGAGAUCGUAUGGGCAGGAUUCUUCGACCCCGCAAUGGCAUUCAAAGCAACUUUUUCAAGAAUGAGAAGGGGCUUGCCAAGUUGCUCUGGAGGUUUUAUGGAGGACGAUGUGCAUGGUAGCCAAUUUUCCGCACCUCUGCGGUCACUACCCUUAUCAGAGAGGCUUCUCAGAGAGUUGAGCCUUGUGAUGUAG